AUGUCGCCUCAGUCGACUCUCUCAAGGCCGCAGAGUGUAGCAUCCAUGGCGGGGGAAAUCGCGCAACGCUCUCGAGCAUCAAGUUUGAGACCUGUCAUAACGCCAGCUCGUCCGUCUGGCGGGAGCUACGGUAGCUCGACACCAUCGCAUGGAUCUAUUUCAAAACCAGUGGGAGUGCGAGCCAUGGCGGCCAUGUUUGAAAAUGCGUCCCAGGAGUCGCCUUAUGUGUCUUUCCUUACAACACCUCGCCCCUCCCGGACGAGUGUAACGGAUUUGGGUCUGUUCCAAUUAAGGCAAGAAACUGAGUCCUUUGAAACACCGAAAACGAAAGCAUUGGUCGUAGCUCCGAAAGAGAGGGACCCGGAUCCAGGCUAUGAGCUCUCGGAUGAAAGGAAUCGACAGACAGGUCAUAUACUGAGGUCUGUCACUGACAGCACCGGGUCAUUGACUGUUCCUGAGACAACCGAAGCUGACGGAGGUGCCGUCCAUCUUGAUAGGCCAUCUCUGACACGACUUCGGCAAACACCAGAUUCUUCGGGGUACAGGAAGUCUCCUUUGAAGGUGUAUACUCUGGAGAAUGACAAGAACUUACCUCAUCUUGGGGCCAUGACAAGUCCCGCUCAGCAGUCGCCUAUUGCACAGCAUGUCGUAUUUCCCCAUCCCUCGUCCACUCUAUCAGUGCGUCAACUAAGCGAGGAUACCAUCCCGGCACGAGCAGGAAGCCCGGGCAACAAUUCCAUGCUUCAUGCACAGAUUCGAAGUCUUCAGAGGCAGCUGGAUGUCAGGAAUGAUGAAAACGCGUCUCUUCGGCGUCAACUUGAGACAAGAGAUAACUUGGACAUUGGAACACUCAGUGAACAGCUUCGAGUAUCCAAAAGAGAGUGUGCCAUGUGGAAAUCUCGUGCCGAAGCCGCAGAAAAACGAGUCUCGGUCCUUGAACACUUCACGCGGAAGCUGAAGGGUAUCAAAGGAGGGGAUGCGCAAAAUGACACUGAUGUUACGUCGCGAAGCGGAAGAGACAGCAUCGAAACGUUGGCAACAGAGGAUGGAGAAGUUGUGGCGGAGAGAAUCAGGAGGGCUAUGAGAGGGAUGGAUGGAACGAGGAGCAGUGAUGGCGGGGCUGCAGCUUGGUGGAACGAUGACCGGCGAGGUAGCAACACCAGGCACUCGGGAAGCGUGGGUGAGCAACAUCAGCCGAAAAUGACAGAAGAAGCAUUGCUUCAGAUUUGGCAGGCAGUACAGGAGCUGCUAUUGGAGGAUGAAGACUGA